AUCCAUCUGCAUCAGCCGCCACUAGAAUAUCUGCGCAUAAAGCUCCAAAGCUCUUCCAAAGCCAUGGCGUCUGCACGCGUGACGAUCGGUGCCGGCCGCCUCUCGGUGGCGGAUGUGUGUUCUGUGGCUGCACUAGGCGCUUCCGUCGCCCUGGACGCGUCGAUCCAGGCCUCCUCGUCCGCUUCUUCCUUCACGUUGCAGCUGAUCUCUACCCCCAGUUCCUCCACGACCUCCUCGGCCGUGCGCCGAGCUGUACUAGUGCUGCUGCUGCACCGCCUGCUGCGCCUCAACUCACUGGAGAAUGCCGAACACGUGGCCUCGCUGCUCAACCAGCAGGACAAGACGCCCGCUCAAGUGACCUCCGUAGACUUGCCCGUGUCGCUCUCGCCGGCCGAGCAGUUGGCCAUCACCAACACGCCAAUUGAGCUGCUGGCCGAGACGGUACUGGCCGUAGGUGGCGCCCGUGCGCUGCUUCCCGUGGCCGAUGCUGUGGCCUCCGUGACGUGCGAGACGCUGCGUGCCGACUCGACCGCGUUCGAGGCCGAAUUCGUGGACGCGGCCCGCCCUCACCGCGGCAUCGUGACCUCAGCCCAGAAUUUACGCCUGAUGCUGGAUGGAUCCAAGUACAUUAACAGCCAGAAGGAGGCCGCAACUGAUGUGGCCGCCGUGCGCUGCAUCCCACAGUACCACGGGCCUGUCCGCGACGCCGUUCUGAGCGCCUACAAGGCCGUGGAGAUCGAGAUUAACGGUUCUGUGGGUGACAGCCCUGCGGCCAAACGCGCUGGUGCUGGUAUCCACCCACAGGCGCUGAAGACGGCGUUGUCGGCCACAACGGAGGCGCUUCACGUGCUGCUACAGGGUAGCGUCGACCGUCUCCAGGUGGUGGACCCUAAGGCCACGGACGCCCCCAAUACGACGAACGCUGUGGAUCUGGUGGAGGCUACGGUGGUCGCACUCUCGCGUGAGCUCGUGCCGUCGUUCAAGUUCUUUGAGGAGGAGGAAGCUCAGCUGAAGGCUCGUCAGGCGGAGAAGAACGCGAAGGCGCAGGAAGCGGCGGCCAAGGCGGCAGCUGCAGCUGCUAAGGAGGACGAAAAGCUUGCUGCUAUGCCAGAGGCACAGCGUAACAAGAUCCUCGAGAAGCGUCGCAAGAAACUGGAGAAACAAAAGGAGAAGGAGAACGCCAAGAAGAGCGGCAAGGACGAGCUGAAGCUUGGGCUGGGUAGUCAGGCCGUGCGUCAGUAUCUUGUGGGUCUGGGUGACUGGCAGGCUGGUGUGCAGAAGUCGGCAUUCGACUUGCGUUCUUCCAGCUUCUCGCAGUUCCUAGAUGAUUUAUUCGUGCGUCUGGGCAGCGGAGGCGCUCGUCGUAAACCCAAGAUCGCCAAGGGCUCGCAGGAUUUCCUGCCCCAUCAGAUGGCUCUACGUGAGAAGAUCUUCAACAAGAUCCGCAUGGUCUUCAAGCGCCACGCGGGUGUUGAGAUCGAGACGCCUGUUUUCGAGCUCAAGGAGACGCUUACGGGCAAGUACGGCGAGGACAGCAAGCUCAUCUACGAUCUGGCCGACCAGGGUGGUGAGCUGUUGGCACUGCGUUAUGAUCUGACGGUGCCGUUCGCUCGCUUUAUGGCCCUGCAUAGCCCUGGCAACAUCAAGCGCUACCACAUCGCUCGUGUGUACCGCCGUGACAACCCGCAGAUGGCCCGUGGUCGUUUCCGUGAGUUCUACCAGUGCGACUUCGAUAUCGCUGGCACAUACGCGCCAAUGCUUCCGGACGCUGAGGUGUUGUCCAUCGGUAUUGAAGUGCUGCAGCAGUUCCCAGAACUCGGCCCCGUGAAGGUGAAAUUGAGUCACCGUCUGCUACUGGACGCCAUCCUCGCUAUCUGUGGUGUUCCUGCUGACAAGUUCCGUACGACGUGCAGUGCUAUCGACAAGCUGGACAAGGAGCCGUGGAGCGAAGUGCGUCGUGAGAUGGUGGAGGAGAAGGACAUCCCAGAGGCGGUUGCUGACCGUAUCGAGCCGUUCGUUUGCAAGGUGGGAUCGCCGCGUGAGCUGCACGCGCAGCUGUUGAAAGAAAACAUGUUCGGGGACAACGUCAACGCUCGUCGUGCCAUGGACGACUUGGCGCUGUUGUUCAACUACCUGGAGGCCAUGGGCGUGCUGGACUUCAUCUCAUUCGAUCUGAGUCUGGCCCGUGGUCUGGACUACUACACGGGCCUCAUCUACGAGUUCGUGCUGACGAGUCCGGAGCACCACGUUGGUUCUAUCGCUGCUGGAGGCCGCUACGACAACCUGGUGGGCAUGUUCUCGGCCACGGACCAGCAGAUUCCGUGCGUAGGUGUCAGUCUUGGCAUCGAGCGCAUCUUUGGUAUCCUGCAGGCUCACGCCGAGAAGCAGGCCGCUAACGCUGCCCCUCCGUCGCAGGUUCUGGUGGCCUGUACGGGCAACGACCUGAUGAUGCCGCGAUUGGAGCUGUGCAAGCAGCUGUGGCUCGCCAACAUUUCGGCUGAGGUGAUGCAGACGGAGAACCCCAAGUUCAUCAAGCAGCUGCACUACGCUCUGGAACGGGGCACGCCCUACAUGGUGGUGAUCGGCGAGGACGAGUUGGCCAAUGGCGUCGUGAAGGUGAAGGACAUGGCGUCGAAAGACGAGGUGACGGUGCCGCGCUCCGAAGUUGUGGCUGAACUACUGCGUCGCGGUUGCCCUACGACCAACACUCUCAGCAUUUGAGACAGCAGAAUAGAGCGGUACCAUGAGGUCUCGUUGACAAUGUAGUCGUUGAACUGAACCGGUUGCCAUUUAUUUCAUUUAUCGACAAUUUGCACUUACAAACAUUUUAACGGCGCUUUAGUUGACGGCGGCCGAGUAGGAAGACACGGUCAUCUUGGC